AUGGAUAGUUGGUAUGAAGUGCUCACAGCAUGUGAUCCAAGCCUAAAUGUUGUUCAAUCCAUAACGGCCAUCGCUUUCGAUCCAUAUCAAGAACUUUUAUGGACUGGAAAUGACAAAGGUCGAGUGAUUUCUCAUUUUGGUGAUAACUUACAACGAUAUACAAGUUUUCGAUCGCAUUUAUCUCAAGUUCGCCAGUUAUUAGUCAGUGAUAGUGGUGUAAUAUCAUUAAGUCCAGAUUCUAUCAGAAUGACCAAUCGAAGAGGUUUGGUCAGCAAUGAAGAUACUACUAACUUACAUUGUAUGGCUUAUACUACUAUUCCGAAUUCGGAGAUUUUGGCUGCUGGAAAACAACAUAAUAUGCUUGUUAUCAAUGUUGCAAGAGGCUCCGUAGUUAAAAAGGUCGAAUCAGAUAAUGAAAUUGCAGUUAUGCGAAAAUCAAGACUUGUCUGUUGUGGUGCAACUUCUGGUGAAGUGAUUUUGAGAGAUCCGAACACUUUCAGAGUUGAACAUAGAAUACGUGCACACACUGGAACUAUAUCUGAUAUAGAUACUAGUGGAAAUUUGCUACUAACUUGUGGAUUUUCUGUCAG